UAUCGGUGGAGAAGCCAGAAGCAGCAGCUCUGGUUAGUCACUGACAGGAACUCUGUUCCCCAAGAAAUGGCAAAGGAAUGGCAAAAAUGACAGAGCAGACAAACAGAGGGACCCUGCCAUCAAUGUUUUGUUCUCAUGCCAAACUCCUGGACUAUAAAAAUCUGCCUAUAAGCCAAGAAAAAACACUUCCCUGAAAGGAUUUUCAAGUUACCGCUCCAUGGCAAGAUGGGAAUAAAAAGGGGGGGAUCAUUUUGGAUCUUCUGCCUAAUUUGGAGUUGUUGCAAGGGCAAAGAACCUGUUCAGAUAGUCCAGGUCUCUACUGUUGGUAGGAGUGAAUGUGCCACCUGGGGCAAUUUCCACUUUCAUACAUUUGACCAUGUUAAGUUUACUUUUCCUGGAACCUGCACAUAUGUCUUCGCUUCACACUGCAAUGACAGCUACCAGGACUUUAACAUUCAGAUCAGACGCAGUGACAAGAAUAACUUCCUGAUCUACUUCACUGUCACCAUUGAUGGAGUGAUCUUGGAGGUGAAGGAGACAGGCAUCACCGUGAACGGGAACAAGAUCCCCAUGCCCUUCAGCUUGAAGAGCAUCCUGAUUGAGGACACCUGUACUUACUUCCAAGUCACUUCCAAUCUGGGCCUGACACUCAAGUGGAACUGGGCUGACACUCUCCUACUGGACCUGGAAGAAACAUAUAAAGAGAAAAUAUGUGGUCUAUGUGGGAACUAUGAUGGCAGUGAGAAGAAUGAUUUGAUUUUGGAUGGAUAUAAAAUGCAUCCAAGACAGUUUGGGAACUUCCACAAAGUAGAGGAUCCAUCACAAAAGUGUGCUGAUGUGAGUCCAGAUGACAAUACUGGAAGACAUCCUAGGAGGAAAGAUGAUAGAUGCAGUAUAUAUAAAAAAAGAUGCAAGAAACUUAUGUCCCGUUUUGGAAACUGCCCCAAAGUGGUUGCAUUUGAUGACUACAUAGAGACCUGUGCUGAAGAUAUGUGUCACUGUGCAGCUAAUUCUUCUCACUCUGAUCUGGUUUCCAGCUGCAUAUGCAGCACUUUAAACCAGUACUCUCGAGACUGUGUCCUGAGGAAGGGAGACCCUGGAGAAUGGAGAACCAAAGAACUCUGCUAUCAGGAAUGCCCAAACAACAUGGAGUACAUGGAAUGUGGAAACUCUUGUGCUGACACAUGUGCAGAUCCAGAAAGGAGCAAGAUUUGUAAAGCCCCAUGUACAGAUGGCUGUUUCUGUCCUCCUGGAACGAUCCUUGAUGACCUCAGUGGCAAGAAAUGCAUCCCCAGAGGCAGCUGCCCCUGUAUGUUUCAAGGCAAAGUCUACUCAUCUGGAGGAACUUAUUCCACUCCCUGCCAAAACUGUACUUGCAAAGGAGGCCACUGGAGCUGUAUCUCUCUGCCCUGUUCAGGAAAUUGCCACAUAGAUGGAGGAUUCCAUAUAACAACAUUUGAUAACAAGAGAUUCAAUUUUCAUGGCAACUGUCAUUAUGUCCUAGCUAAGAACAGGGAUGACACAAUUGUGGUGAUUGGAGAGAUCAUUCAGUGUGGGACAUCAAAGACAAUGACUUGCUUAAAGAAUGUAUUAGUCACACUAGGAAAAACUACUAUAAAAAUAUGUUCCUGUGGAAAUAUCUACAUGAACAAUUUCAUUGUGAAGCUGCCAGUAAGGAAAGGUGGCAUCACCAUCUUCAGACAAUCUACAUUUUUCAUCAAAAUCUUAAGCUCAGCUGGAGUACAGAUUCGAGUGCAAAUGAAACCUGUAAUGCAGCUCUCCAUAACAGUAGAUCAUUCUUUUCAGAAUCGUACAUCUGGUCUUUGUGGCAAUUUCAAUAACAUCCAGACUGAUGACUUCAGAACAGCCACUGGAGCUGUGGAAGAUUCAGCUUCUGCUUUUGGUAACUCAUGGAAAACUAGAGCCAGCUGUUUUGAUGUUGAGGACAGCUUUGAAGAUCCUUGUUCGAACAGUGUGGAUAAAGAAAAAUUUGCCCAGCAUUGGUGUGCUCUUCUGUCUAAUACAAGCAGUGUGUUUGCUGCCUGCCAUUCUGUUGUAGACCCUUCUGCGUACAUCAAGAAAUGCAUGUAUGACACCUGUAAUGCUGAGAAGAGUGAAGUCGCACUGUGUAGUGUGCUCUCUACUUACUCCAGAGACUGUGCUUCAGCAGGCGUGUCCCUGAAGGGCUGGAGGCAGGGCAUCUGUGAUCCCUCUGAGGAGUGUCCUGAGACUAUGGUUUAUAACUAUAGUGUGAAGUACUGUAACCAGUCUUGCCGCUCACUGGAUGAACCUGAUCCGCUGUGCAAAGUUCAGAUCCCUCCUAUGGAGGGCUGUGGUUGCCCUGAAGGGACCUACCUAAACGAUGAAGAGCAAUGUGUAACUCCAGAUGACUGUCCCUGCUACUACAAAGGCAAGAUUGUUCAACCUGGCAACUCCUUCCAAGAGGACAAACUGAUGUGCAAAUGCAUUCAAGGAAGAUUAGACUGCAUUGGAGAAACCAUCCUGGUAAAAGAUUGCCCAGCUCCCAUGUAUUACUUCAACUGCAGCUCCGCAGGUCCCGGGGCGAUCGGAUCGGAGUGCCAGAAAAGCUGUAAGACGCAGGACAUGCACUGUUAUGUCACAGAAUGUGUUUCUGGCUGCAUGUGUCCUGAUGGGCUGGUAUUGGAUGGCAGUGGAGGAUGUAUUCCCAAAGAUCAAUGUCCAUGUGUCCAUGGAGGACACUUCUAUAAACCUGGGGAAACCAUCAAAGUGGACUGCAACACAUGCACCUGUAACAAAAGGCAGUGGAAUUGCACAGACAAGCCUUGCAAGGGAACCUGCACUGUGUAUGGAAAUGGGCACUACAUGAGCUUUGAUGGGGAGAAGUUUGAUUUCCUGGGAGACUGUGACUAUAUCCUAGCUCAGGAUUUUUGCCCUAAUAACAUGGAUGCUGGCACCUUCCGGAUUGUAAUUCAGAACAACGCCUGUGGAAAGUCACGCUCCAUCUGCUCCCUAAAGAUCACAUUGAUUUUUGAGAGCAGUGAAAUAAGGCUCUUGGAAGGAAGAAUUCAGGAGAUAGCUACUGAUCCAGGAGCUGAGAAAAAUUACAAAGUGGACCUCAGAGGAGGUUAUAUUGUGAUUGAAACAAAUCAAGGAAUGAACUUCAUGUGGGACCAAAAGACUACUGUUGUUGUUCAUGUGGCACCAUCUUUCCAGGGAAAAGUCUGUGGUCUUUGUGGGGACUUUGAUGGCCGCUCAAGGAAUGAUUUCACAACCAGAGGGCAGUCCAUGGAGAUGAGCAUACAGGAAUUUGGAAACAGCUGGAAAAUAACAAGCACCUGCUCAAAUAUAAACAUGACGGACCUGUGUGCUGAUCAACCUUUCAAGUCUGCCUUGGGACAGAAGCACUGCAGCAUCAUUAAGAGUAAUAUCUUUGAAGCCUGCCACAGUAAGGUGAACCCAAUACCGUAUUAUGAAUCUUGUGUUUCUGACUUCUGUGGCUGUGACAGUGUGGGAGACUGUGAGUGCUUCUGUACCUCAGUUGCUGCUUAUUCAAGAAGCUGUAGCAGAGCUGGCAUCUGUAUCAGCUGGAGAACACCUGCCAUUUGCCCUGUAUUCUGUGAUUAUUACAAUCCACCUGACAAACAUGAAUGGUUCUAUAAACCCUGUGGAGCCCCUUGUCUAAGGACCUGCAGGAACCCACAAGGGAAAUGUGGGAACUUGCUGUAUAGUCUAGAAGGCUGUUACCCAGAAUGUAGUCCUGACAAGCCAUAUUUUGAUGAGGAGAGCAGGGAGUGUGUCUCCCUCCCCAACUGCACUUCAUGUGAUCCUGUAGAGAAACUAUGUACUGAAGACUCCAAAGUUUGCCUUUGCUGUUACAAUGGAAAGACCUACACCUUAAAUGAAACUGUGUACAGCCAUGUGUAUGGGACUGAGUGUGGUGAAGCUGUCUGUGGCCCUAAUGGAGAGAUCAUUAAAACACUUACCACAUGCAGAACACCAUCUACACCAGCACAAGAACUACAUACGCAGACUGUAACAUCUGCACCUCCAUCGACAGUGGUAGCCACUCCCUGCUUCUGCAAUGACAAUGGGCAAUUGAUACAAAUGGGAGAAAAUGUUUCUCUGCCAGUGAAUAUAUCGGAUCGUUGUGCUUAUUCUGUCUGCAAUAAAUUGUGUCAGAUUGAAUUAAUUUGGGCAGAGUGUAAACCUGGUCAUACUGAGACCAUCAAGAGCUGUGAUCCAGAUUCUGAAACCUGUCCACCAAUAUCUACUCCCAGUGCAACAAACCAAGUUCCUGCUUCCACAAGGGCUCCUGUGAGCGAUUGUCUCACACUCAUUCCUCCCAGAAAGUUUAAUGAAACAUGGAAUUUUGGACGCUGCCAGACUGCCACUUGCCUGGGAGAAGGAAACAAUAUCAAACUGUCCAGCAUGACUUGCCCUCCUCAGCAACUGAAACUCUGUGUCAAUGGUUUCCCGUUCACAAAACACUACGAUGAAACCGGUUGCUGUGAAGUCUUCGAGUGUCAGUGUAUUUGCAGUGGAUGGGGAAACGAACAUUAUGUGACUUUUGAUGGGACAUAUUAUCAUUUUAAAGAAAACUGCACCUAUGUCCUUGUGAAGUCAAUUCAUCCUGACUCUCACAAUUUCUGGAUUCACAUAGACAACUACUACUGUGGUGCCAUUGAUGGAGCAAUUUGUUCAAUGUCCCUUAUCAUUUUUUACUCCAACUCUACUGUUAUUCUGACACAAGCAAUGGAACAUGGAAAAAAAACAAAUUUGAUUUUGUUUAACAAUAAAAAAGUUGUUCCAGACAUUUCCAAGAACGGUAUCAGGAUAACAAGUUCUGGACUUUAUGCCAUAAUUGAAAUACCUGAAUUAGAGGUUUAUGUGUCCUACAGUCAACUUGCAUUUUACAUAAAACUCCCUUUUGGAAAGUUUUAUAAUAAUACCAUGGGACUAUGUGGUACUUGCACCAACCAGAAGCCUGAUGAUGCUCUGAAGAGGAAUGGUGAGGUUAUUGAGUCCUUCAAAGACAUGGCAUUGGAUUGGAAAGUACCAUAUCCUACCAACAGAUACUGCAAUCCAGGUGUCUCAGAACCAGCUAAGAGUGAAUAUCAACAGCACUGUGAGCCUUCUAAUCUGUGUAAAAUCAUCUGGACCCUGACUGAGUGCCACGGCGUGGUCCCCCCACAGCCCUACUAUGAGGCGUGUGUGGCCAGUGGGUGCUCAGAAGAGCACCCCAGCACCGAGUGCCAGAGCAUGCAGACGUACGCAGCCUUGUGCGGGCUCCACGGGGUCUGCGUGGACUGGAGGAGGCAGGCGAAUGGCCAGUGUGAGGCCAUCUGUCCUCGGGAUCAGGUGUACAAGCCAUGUGGUGAAGCAAGAAGAAAAACUUGCUUCAGCAGAGAAGUUAUGGACACCCUCCCCUCCCAAAAUAACACAUUAGUGUUUAUUGAGGGAUGCUACUGUCCUGAUGGGAAAACUCUGCUGAAUGAUCAUGAUGGCAUUUGCGCUUCUGUUUGUGGCUGCACUGCACAAGAUGGGUCAGUGAAACAGCCUAGAGAGGCUUGGGAGCAUGACUGUCAAUACUGUACUUGUGAUGAAGCGACCUUGAAUAUCUCUUGCUUCCCCCGCCCUUGUGCUAAAUCUCCACCCAUCAAUUGCACAAAAGAGGGCUUUGUACGCAAAACAAAACCACGUCUGGAUGACCCAUGCUGCCCAGAGACUGUCUGUGAAUGUGAUAUAAAAACCUGCAUUAUCAACAAAACAGGAUGUGACUUAGGUUUCCAACCAGUGGUUGCUAUAUCUGAGGAUGGUUGUUGUCCUAUCUUCUCCUGUAUACCAAAAGGUGUAUGUGUUUCUGAAGGAGUUGAAUUUAAGCCAGGAGCAAUGGUGCCUAAAAGCUCUUGUGAGAACUGUGUGUGUACAGAUGAGCAGGAUCUCGUGACACAGACCAACCUCAUCCGGUGUCUUCCAGUGAAAUGCCAAACCACCUGCCAGCAGGGCUUUCGCUAUGUGGAAGAGCAGGGUCAGUGCUGCAGCCAGUGCCAGCAAGUGGCAUGUGUGGCAAAUUUUCCAUUUGGCAAUGUGACCAUUGAGGUUGGAAAGAGUUAUAAAGAUCCAUAUGAUAACUGUACUCAGUACACAUGCACUGAAGCAGCGGGCCAGUUUUCCUUGACUAGUACGAUAAAAGUCUGCCUACCAUUUGAAGAAGCAAACUGUGUGCCAGGGACAGUUGAUGUGACUUCAGAUGGCUGUUGUAAGACAUGUAUCGACCUGCCGCACAAAUGCAAACGCAACGUGAAAGAGCAGUAUAUCGUGCAUGACAACUGUAGAUCAGCUGCUCCAGUCCCAAUGCCCUUUUGUGAAGGGAUGUGCAGUACCUAUUCUGUGUAUUCCUUGGAGACCAAUGAAAUGGAACACAAAUGCACUUGCUGCCAUGAAAAAAGAAGUCACAAAGUGAAGGUGGAACUGAUUUGCUCUAAGCAUAAGACAGUCCAGUUCACAUAUGUGUAUGUAGAUGAAUGUGGAUGUGUGGAAACAAAAUGCCCAAAGAGGAUAACAUGAGCAUAACUAAAGGAAACAUUUCCUCUCCAGUUUACUCCUUCCCUAGCAAGUGAGUAGUUUAGAAAACUGAUGUGAAUAACCUUCAAAUGACCAUACUAGCGCUUUUUCUUUCUAGUAUUAUAUGCGGUUACGCAAAUUAGCUAAGAUUUUACUCUAAAUGUUUGUAGAAUAAACUGCAUUUCAAAGAG